UUCGGAGUGCACCGAGUGCAGACGCCGAUCUCAGCCAGAAAACGAACAUUCGUUUCGAGAGCGUGUCGACGGUGCGAACCUCCGAGAGUGUUAAAAGCAGUUUGUGCGCCGUUUACAAGCGAGUUUUUCAAAGAUAAUAAUGAAAACAAUUUAUACAUGACCGUAAUGUAUUGUGUACACAGAGACGGCGAGUAUAUUAAUAAAACAAUAUACACGCAUGUGCGUACUCGAUUCUCGAAGGCGAGAGUAAGAGAAGAGAGGGGAAAGAUUGUUAGAUAAUGCGCUUUGACAUUUUGUAAUUUUUCAAACAAUAACAUUCGUGAAAUGCGUGUCUCGCGUUUUGCAAACACCAGAUAAACCGAGAAGAUCUAACUUGUCUAAAAUCAGAAAGGAGCAUAGACGUGGAGACACGUAGAGUCGCAAAGACUUGUAUUUUUUGUUGCGCGAUUGAUGAAGAUGAAAUGAUUUCGUUUUUCGCGAUCAAGUGGCUCGGAAAAAAUGGCCAGCAAUACAUUUGAAUGUAAUGUACAUAGUUGUCUGUAAAGUAUAGUGCGCAGGAGAAUAGUUUAUAGGUUAUAGUCCCGACGCAACAUGGCGGGUUAGAAAACUCGUCUGAUGAUAUACCGUUUUUUUUUUCAGCAUUUUUCCUUUGACUGCGCGACAAUCGAUUUUUAUAGAUCCUUUAUCUUUUGUUUUCAACAAAAAAACCAUUGAUCACCGGUUACACAGCAUCCGGUUCAAAGUAAUGUUUGCGGUUUAUAUAAAACACAUCAACGCACCGUAGUUUUUCAUAACAAAAAAAAACGCCAUAAGUAAUAUCUCAUCCCGUUGUGAUUUCACUUUCAGAGUUUACGUGUGUUGUUUCAGUUUUUGUUAAAAAAAAGUGUAUAUUGCAAUAAUAUGAAAUAUCCUGUGAACACAGCAAUGAAAUUUAUGUUUGAACUGAGGAGAUGGUAUAAUAAAUUAGAACAAGUACAUACUUGCUAAAUGUAGUAUGGACACAGUUUAUAUUGCAAAUUAGAAGCAAACAGUUUGCAGAUGUGUAGAAUUGAAAUAACAAUCUUACAUCUGAGAAAGAGAAAGAGAGAGAGAGAAUAAUUGUUCAAACACACUGUGUACACUUGUUGAUGAGAUAAACAACCUUGUGCACACAUGUAAAUCUUCAAGAAACACGGUUGAAUUUUGCACAAGAGAGUUGAGAGAGAUAGUAAUUUGAAAAAGAGAUUUCUUAUACUUCUUUGAUUACUUCAGACUGUUGAGGUAAUCACAAAUCGGUGAGCAAUAUGAUUAACACAGAAAAUAAAGAAGACAACAGCCAGAGAGAUGAUCAAGGAAACAACAAGCCAAGUGAAAAUCGGGAAAUUAUAGGCAAGAUAUACUUGAAGAAACCUGAAGAGUUGAAAUCUGCGUCAAAGAAUUCUAAUAACGAUGUGCAACGCGCAAUUGAGGGCCUCAAGGAAAUACCCGAUGAAGAACUGCAGGAUUUUCUUGAUGACAAAGAAUUUAUGGAGGAGUUGGACGUCUUGGACGCGUGGGAGGAAGACAAGAACGUGGGAGAUGAAGAGAAGACCUGGGAAAAGGAGCAGAACUCAGUGGAAUCUACAAGGCAAAAGAAGAAACGAUCAUCUAGGGAACGACAUCAUCCCGAGUCUAAAGGGUCUUCCAGUCGUGAAAAACCGAAGAGAGAAGAAAAGAAACGCGAGGAGACUCGGCGGGAUCCUUCGAAGAGUAUGAAGGACAUCGAGAAGGAUAAAAUCAAAGCGAGAAACACGCAGAACAAGCUUCUCGCCGAGAAGGAGAAGGCGAUCAAAAACCUGCUGGAUUCGGACAACGUGGUUCCGCCUGGGACCGAGGCUGAGGCCAUUCAAAGCAUCAAAGAGGAACAGAAUAAAGAGCGAUCUCAGCGUGAAGCGCAACGAAACCGGGAACGUCGUAGAAGCAUCGAUCGCCACAUAGAUCGUUAUGACAAGUUGAGCCCGCAACGGCGCAGAACUCCCGAAAGAUAUCGGCUGAGUCCUGCUUCUCGACGAAGAAGCCCUUUUAUCAGACUGAGCCCGGAUCGUAGAAGCGUUGAAAGAUACAGAAGUCCAUUUAGAUAUAAUAGUCCAAACAGAUGGAAACUUUCGCCGCGAAGUUUUCACGAAAGAAGAACACCUGUAUUAAGCCCGGAUCGACGAAGAAGUCCCAGACGAAGCAGUCGAGAACGACGGUCUAGCGUGGACAGAAGAUGGAGCGUCGAACGUCAUAGAAGACGCGCCGACGUGUUUGAACGCCGAAGAAGUCGUUCUCGCGACCGGAGUCGCAGUACGGACCGCAUGAGAAGUCGAUCCCGCGACCGAAGGAGCCGCAGUAUGGAUCGUCCGAGAAGACGUACAAGUCGUUCGCCGAUGAGCAGACGUUACAAUCGUCGCACCAGAAGUCGCACCAGAUCGCCGGAAAAACGCGGAAGAAGACGUUCGCCUUUUAUCAACGAAUUAAGAAGAAAAUUAAAGGAAGAAGCGAUGUUGCCGUCCGAUACGAACAGCAGCGUAUACGCGCCGCCGAAGAUGGAAGGCAGGUCAUCGUUGCUCAGCACUCCCGUGUUUAAAGAAGAUCCUAUGUCGCAACCAUCUGUAAUGCCUUCGUCUUACAUGCAUCAGUCCGGUCCUCAUCAGCCGCCACAGCCGUCACAGCCGCCACCGCCGCCGCCGCCGCCUCCGGCGUCCGUACCACCUAUGCCGACUGGACCGCCAUUUAUGAAUUUUGAACCCAUGUCGGGUGUAUCGCCGAUGAAUUUUGAACCCAUGCCCCCGCAUCCUCUACCUCAAAUGGCCAAUCCUAUCGUCGAAUAUUCUUCCGGCCCGGUCUUGUACAAUCAACAAACUGCCGUUCCUACCCAACCGCCAAUCCCGCCAGGGGGAGUCGGUCCGUCGAUGCUCUCCGCACCAUUACCUACACCGCAACCUGUACCCGCUCCGAUAAUGGAUAAUCGCGGGCAGAUGCCUUAUAACGCGUCGCACGAAGCAUCCUCCGCCCGGCGAUCGCCGUCUCGCCAAUUUGAACCGUCAAAUAAACCUAUGAGUCAUUCAACCGCAUCCAUGUCGCAGAGUUACCCAGAACGUGGACCAUCGCGCAACGAAUUUCGUACUUCGCGCAUGGAACGAAUGAAGACACCCGAACCGCCAAUCAUCUCCAAACCAAAACAAUCCGAAAAGACCAGCUUGUCCAGUCUGUUGGAAGCGUCUGUUUCAGCCAAAGAUCCGUCUAAUAUACCGGUGUUGUAUCCAGGAUUCAAGCCUGAAAUAAUGCGACAUUGCGAACAAGCAUUGUGCCAGCUUCCAUUUGAGGAUCCGCGUUUAAAAAUGAAGGGUAGAUUUUUCUACUGUCGCGACGAAGAUAACGAAACACAAGCGAAAGACGAUACCGAGGAUCACAUGUCGAACUCGAUACUUUUGCAGAAGAGCAAAACCAAGAUAUACUGGGAAGAGAACAACACGGAACAGAUACCGGUUCCGAAAACAACCGCUCAGACGCAUCAGAAAAUUUGCCAGACAGACGCCGUGGAAACGGAAGCAAAGGGCGUACAAGCGGGUUAUACCGCGAUCAUGGUUGAUUCUGAGACGCAGGUUUAUCCUCACGAUCUCCAACCGAUUAAAGAGGAAAAGCGAUCGAUAAUGGAUCGUCUCGACUGGGGCGGCCAACGAGAAACUUACGAUUACGCGCCCGGUUCGCGAUUUCGCGAGGUCGAGGAUUUGAGACACAGUUUGAGUAACUCCUCGCAGAGACGUUCCUGGAACAGACCGGCGUCUCCGAGAAGAUCCGAAGAUCACGAACAUCGUUUAGAUACCGACGAUGCGUCCAGGAACUAUAGACUGGAUUCUCCUGUGAGAAACAGAGAUGGGUUUUCUAGUCACAAAGCGCGCGAUCAUUAUAUUCAUACCGCGCGUACGCCCGAGUAUCACGCGCGUUCCGUGGAACGCGACGAUUUUCACGACCGAAGAAGCGAACACAGCCGCGGAGAAAGCCCCAUGGAAUUGGAUUCCGACGACGAGUACCUGGACGAGCAUACAUUCCAAAGAGGAGGAUCUGACUGGCACGGGCGAGGUACGAGAGGUAAAAGUCACGUUCAGAGAGGAAAACAUGUGGGAGGAGGAAGAUCGUAUCGGGGAAAUCGGGGAAACUUUCGGGGCAAAUUCUGAGACUGUUAUACAUAUGUAAAACAUUUUUGUUGUGCUGUCAACAAAAUAAAAUAACUGAACUAUAAUAUAGUAUAAAAAUUAUAUAUGUAUAAAAUGUUACAAAUAUAUAUUAUUAAGUGAAAUUGUUUUGCUUAUGUUGUAUGUAUAGAAGAAGGAUAAAGAAAACAAGAAAAAGAAAUAAGAAAAGAGAUCCUCGCAACACAAUCACACAUUCACAAAUUCACGGUGAAAAGACAGUGAAGGCAAUGUUCUCCCGCAUGUGUGUGUGUCACACAAGUGUUUACGAUCAUCAAGAGAUCGAGUGCGCACGUGGUGACUGACAAAUGGGGAAGGCAAAAUUCAUCAAGGAGAUCUUCAUUUCAUUUUUUUUUGUUUCUUACAUUACGAGAAGAUUAAUCUCAAGCCACAAGCAAGAUUGUUGACGCGCGAAUAUCAAAUCUUGUGUCACACAACCAUUGGCACAAAUGGUGACAAACAUUUGAUCGCGUAUUAUUUUUAUGUAGAAAUCGAGAAUAUUGUGUAACACACACUGUCCUGAAUACAAUAAAAGUUGCAAAAUAAAUGGUACAACCUGCACGUCCACCCAGUUUCAUCGUGAAGAUAAUUUUAGAUGCAGAGGAUUUUGUCAGAUACUGUUUUUCUUUUUCUUUUUUUUUUGUUUUUUUUUUUAACAUCAUAUCGUGUCGAUAAUCUCACGUCCGACUACGCGAAUUGCGUGGUUUUAAAAUUACUUGAACGUAAUCAUGUCGCGUGAAAAAAAAAGAAAAAAAAAGAUCAAUGUUCGUCGAAUCUACGAGUUUACAUUGCGCUUUUUAGUGUAUUUUUGUUUUGUUUUGUUUUGUUUUUUCAGUGAUAAGACUUCAUUUGCGUAUUAAUCUGGGACAAUUGCAUUUGCGCGCUUUAUCGCUCGGGCGUUACGUCAUUUAUGUACAUGUGCAAGUCUCGCCGCUCAUUAGUUUCGCGCGUCAUUCGCGAUUUUUUUUUUUUUUUUUUUUUGAUAAAUUUUCGCGUGUGUUUGUCGUUCUCUGUCUCUUCCGUUUAGUUUAGGUUUUGUAAGACCACAAUUUUAAUAACGAGUGCCAUUUGCGUGUCGCGCGACCUCUAAUAGCAUAUCGUUACAAGAUUGUAUAUACUUGUUUACGACGUGUGUCGCAAGUACACCAUCAGCCUGCACUUAGCAAACUUUUGAAAAAAAUAUUAUAUAUACUUUGUAACCGUACACAUCUUUGUUAUCUCAUCGAGUUGUAACGUAAAACAAAAAGUGUAUCAC